AUGAAUUUUGUGGCUCAAUUGGAGGAGUAUCUUCGGGAUUUAGGGGUAGAAUCUCGGAAAAAGCAUCCUGGCGUAAAGGAAGCAUCCGAGAGAGCAAUUUUGAAGCUUAGAACGCUGCAGAAUGAUUACGUUAUUGCUGUCCGAAAAGCAAACAAUGGGCAAAAACAUCCCGAUACGUCGUUAUUCCGUUCGUCGGACCUACUGCACCCUUUCUUGUUAGCUGCAAACUAUCCCAAUGCAUCACCAAAACUUUUGGAUACGAGUUUCAAAGCCAUGAAAACCCUGAUGGAAGCCAAUGCAAUCUGCCCGGGAGAUGGAAUGAAUAUGGUACGAGUGUGGAUGAUACAGGCACAAGUUGUGGUGAACAACUCGACAAAAGAUUCAGGCGGUGCGAAUGCAGCAUCAGCAGCUUCUUCAGGUGAUUCUACAGGAGGAGCUCAAUCAUCUAGCGGGUGGUUGGGCGGCUUGCUCUCUUCCCCAAUAACUGAAAGGACCAAAACGAAUGCUGUCACAAUCGGUGCUGUUUCAUCUUCACAUGGUGGGGCCGGUUCAGGAAGAAUAAGUGCGAAGGAUUUGGAGAAGCUGGCGCUCGACAUUUUGAGUUGUCUUUUGCAACUACUCGAAUUGAAGGAUUUAGCAGUAUCAACAGAACAAUGGGUACAGAGUGUGACUCUGUGUUGUCUACUAUACUUACCAACGCGACAAAAUGUUCGACAGGCAGCUCAUUCGACCUUACCACAGGUUCUUUCAUUGUUGGUCAAAGACGAAAAGGCAAAGGACUUGGCAUUAGAGACUUGGUAUGAUUUGUUAGGUGGUGCGAUAAGCUCGGAUUCCGGGUCCGAUUCAAAGCAAAAGUUCAAAGGGGCGUUCAAAAGCUGCAAAUUUGGUGACAAAGACUCGCCGCAGCCGCCAUCAUCAGCCUUGAGCAUUGAACUGAUGACAACGCUACUCAAAGAAGCACCUCAUCUUGUUUCUGACGUUGGAGAAAAGACACUGCAAAUAACAAUUGAAUUGCUCAGAAUACAAUCUGCGAGCAAAGAUACGUCGCCACUGGCGUUUUCAAAAGGAGUGCAAUUCGCAAUUGUUGUUCUGCAAACUCAAGCGAAGACCUGGCCGAAACAGUGCAGAGAUUUGGUCGCGAGGCUGAUCCAACCUAUUCCAGCAGCGACCGAAGCACUUCGAAAACAAGCUGACUUUGAAGAUGGUUAUGUUUACAGCACCGCGGACAAGAAUCUAUCGGCACCAACCGGAAACCUGGAGACGUUACAAGGAUUACCACCUGGCAGCCUUUGGAAAUCGGCCCUUUCAUUGGAAGGAUUGCAUGGUGCAGUUCAAGAUGAAAGGGUCCGAGACCUCUUGCUUCAUCCAGAUGUCGUUGUUAACCUUCUGGAAGCGACGAGUGAUUUUUGCACGAUCGGCGCAAGUUGCCGCGAACACAUACACUUGUUCAUUCUCGCCAGUCGAAAGAAAGAACUCGGAUUAUCAUAUGCAGCUGAAGCUUUGCCUUCAAUAUCCCCAUGGAAGAGUGGGAAAGGUAGAGAUGAGAACUACAUUAUUGGAGACGCAUUAUGGAUUGGACUAAACUUGCUGCUGAAUAUUGUUGAGAGACUUGACAGCAUCACUUUGGAUACAUGUUUCGCCCCUUCGUUAUCGGUACUUCAACACUAUCUGAAACGAUUACCAGCAAGCGGUACAAUUGUCAAACGAUCCCUUGAGGGGUACUAUUUCCUUGCAAAGAUUUGCCUCCAAAAACCACUACUUCGUCGGGUUCUUCUAUCGAGCUUGUGCAAGUUGUCUCUCCCAAAAUGGGGAACACAAGACCCCAGUUGCGAGCUAAAAGACAACAACAUCGCUGCUUUGGUGUGUCUUCUAAAUGUUGUUCAUGCGUUUCAUGAUGACAUUGGUUCCGAUUGGGCAGUUGUAUUGCAAACUUUCGACGAAUUGUCAAACGUUUGGAUCGCAUCUCCACACCUUUCCGAUAAAACCUAUGUGGGCGCUCUGAGCAUCUCGGCAGUAUAUUCUCGCUUUUCUCAAUUUUCGACGUGCUUCUCUGACGAGUCACUUAUUGAAUUUAUCAAGGGAUUACGGAGUGUGGUUAUAAUAGAAGAAAAGGCUCGAGCAUCAGGAAAAUCAAUACGGAAAGUCGACACUUCCAGAAUAGCCAGCAGAUCGAACAAGGAUGCGGUUGGAAAGGAUGAGAAAGGAGGCAUUGGAGAAAAGCUGAUGACCAUUGGCGUCAGAGCGAUCUAUGGGGGGAACGAGGAUGGGAGUCAACCCGCAGAUGAUGUUCCUUUGACUGAAAGAACGAAGAAUACCUAUUACCAUGACUAUCAACUGGAGUUUGCGAAGCGCAUGGGGGAUUCGAAGUAUCCUUUCAGACAUGAGAUGUUGCCUUUUUGCUGCUCCCUAUUGGCUGAUGUUGCAAUGGCAAAUCGAUUUCGCCACAAUCGUGUUGCAGGCUCUUUGCUAACAGAGCUUUGUGCGACUGCUUCAGAAUCAGAAUUGACUUCCGCAUUCGCAAUGGAUGUUGUUUCGAUGCUCAUUAUGUCACAUUUAUCUCAAAGUGAAGAUCUACCCAUGUCCUUCGCUGGACCGGGGAAAAUCGUCUAUGAAGUCCCUCGACCAAAUCAGUUUUUGGCAGUUGAACAAACAAGCGAUCCCGAUGCAAGUGGACUCUCCGAAAUCUCGCAAUUGGAUUUAGUAGGUCCGCUGUGCGAUUUGAUUUGCUCCGCAGAAGAUGCCGACGUUACGACGUGUUGCAUGGAAUCGCUUCAUUCAAUUCUGGAAAGUUCAGGUCACGUGUUGGCACCCGAUGCUUGGAAGAAAGUCAUUCAAGCAGUUGCUUCUGUAUCGACAAGUAGUCGAUCCUCAUCAGAUUGGUCUGAAUGUUUUCCACUUGGAUUCAGAUGUCUGAAAUUGAUCGUGGAUGACUUUUUGGAAGACAUGGAUUCUGCCUCUCAUGUUCGUGAAGCUCUGUUAGACUGUUGCUGGUCUUUUGGGAUCUCAUCGCAAGAUAUGAACACAUCUCUGACGUCAAUUGGACUACUUUGGACAAUUGCGGACCAAGAUGCUGGCACUUCGUCAAUUGACCGUGCUUUGGAGAAGUUGGUGAAUUUGUCAUCGGACCCAAGGGCAGAGGUUCGCAACUGUGCUGUGAACACCCUUUUCUCAUGCAUUGCUGGCUGUGGACAAACCUUUUCUGCAACACAAUGGCAAGCAUGCAUUUGCAAUAUGGUGUUUGUUGUUUACGACUGUGUGAUGGACCAAAUUACAAUGGAUGGAAAAGGUCCCGAUGAAAAGCAAGGCAAAGGCGAGACGGGUAGGUACAGGGUCUCUGUCCAUCACUCAAGGGACUCCGCUGGAAAGCAAUGGAUGGCAACGCAGGCGAUUGUCCUUGGAGGACUGUCUCGCCUCCUACGGUCGUUCUUCCUUGAUCUUCUUGAUACCACUUCAAACGAUUCUGCUGGAAAUGAGCCACCAUGGUUCGAAAAAGCAUGGAAUAGAAUUCUGAGCUAUGCGUUCGAUACAUCCACCUUGUCUGGAGGACGCGACACAAUCCCGGUACGAAGUGCUGGUGUCCAACUUUUGGUCAUUUGCAACCAACUUGCAUGUAAAGCGGGAAUACAAGCUGCCAUAACGCCAGCAAGAGUGGGUACUAAUAUGCAAGUGGUCAAUGGUGCCUUGAGGAGUACAAGAGAUGCUACAACGACUAUGGCAGACGCUCAACGAGCUCCACUCAGCGAAAUGGCCGAGACCUGGAGAGAAAACCUGUUCCUGGACGCGUUUGACGUUCUUGAUUCGUUCCGUGUCUACCUGGAGAGCGAUGUAUCAGCGGGAAGUGAUUCUGAGUCCUCCGGCUACAUGGAACCAGCACAGGCUCAAGUUCUCGGCCAUUUCGCCAAUGAUCUGAAAAAGUUGUACGAAUGUUGUAAGGACCACGAGUUUGCUGAGGGUCACAAAGUCGAUCAUGAUGCUCUCCUCCAAAAAGUGCUGGUUCUGGAGCAACCUCAACCCAGUGAUGAAGAUGCUCUCGAAACUCGGUUUGUCCGAAUCGUCACAACUGUUUGCUACAAUUCUUCUGGCGGACCACAGUCUCGCUUUCUCUCUCAGGCCCAAAGAGCCUGUUUAGAAUUGUUGAAAUCCAUGGCUUCCAAUGGGUCGCUUGAGGCCUUUGUUUGUCUCUCAUCCUUAUGCUUUGACGGCUUUAUCCGACAAGAGGUAGACAACAACAGGGUAUCCGGAGAGAUUGCAGUCUUGACGAGCACUGAAGCUUCCAAUUCUUUGUUCAGCGCCCUGCCAAACGAUUGCGUCUCGGACGAAAUCCGAGUCAUGGUGUUAUGUCGGAUGAUGCUAGCCUUUGUGGGAGAACAGAACCAAUCUUAUUCCGUGUUGGAAUCCGGCAAUGGUUUUCUUUACCGACUCUUCAAGUCCAUGAUUGGUCCCUGUGUGACGAGUGCGUACACUCUCCAAAAACAGUAUUGGACUCUUGAACAACAGGGUAGUCCAAUGGAUCAACUUCUCGAUCUGUUGUGGGACCGACUCUGUGCGGUAGUGGCAAGACUUUUGGCUAGUGCUUUUCAGAAUGAAUUGUCUGCCCAAGUCUUUAAUGAUCUGACAGUGAUUGUCGAUGGUAUAUCCAAGUACCCCAAUGAUCGUUACUCGCCCGCGCUCUGUGGAGUACUUGCAACCGAGGCCAUGAAUUGUCUGGAUUUGGACUUGCCACCGCCGCCGCCAUCAGAAGAAGAGAAAUCCGAUGAGAAGGAUUACUCGAAUGAGAGUUUGAAACUUUUUGGCUCGUGUUUCGGCGGAAUUUGCCGUCUGAAUCCAGAAGAAAAGAUUCUGCCCGUGAUUGCCAAACAAGUCCUGUUGGCGGCCAAAGAAGAGCUAUCGAAGGAGUUGGAAGACGACGACAACGACGACUCUGCAAAUGCAGACGAUCGCACAACCCGCAAGGUGGAAGCUUGCGUCAUCAUGUGCCAGAGCAUGGAAGACACUCUUGGAAUGGAACUAGUGGUCAUUUCUGUCUUUCCUCUGCUUUGUGAAAUGGUGGGUGCUUCUGAUCACAGGUUACGAGACUCGGUGGCCACCGUCUUGUCCAAAGUCAAUGUUGGCCACGCACUGGAUGGCAUCAAGGGACAAUGCCAAGCCGCGGAAGAUCGGGCCCAACGAGCCGAGGAACAAAUGGCUACCCUGAGAAAAGAAAUGGAAGAUUUGCAAAAGGAAAAUGAAGCAUUGCAACGGCAACUGGCGUUUAUCAGCUAA